AACAUGCCCCCGUCCAACCUGAGCAGCCUGACUCCAGACACUUUCAUCCUGACCGGGAUCCCAGGCAUGGAGCAGCUGCACGUCUGGAUCUCCAUCCCGUUCUGCUCCAUGUACCUGGCAGCGCUGCUGGGGAACGGCAUCCUGCUGUUCACCAUCGGGACGGAGCGCAGCCUCCACCAGCCCAUGUUCCUCUUCCUGUCCAUGCUGGCCCUGGCUGACCUCGCGCUCUCCACCACGGCCGUGCCCAGGAUGCUGGCUCUGUUCUGGUUCCACGCCAGGGAGAUUUCCUUCGGUGCCUGCCUGACCCAGAUGUUCUUCCUGCACUUCACCUGCAUGACGGAGUCGGUGAUCCUGCUGGCCAUGGCCUUCGACCGCUUCGUGGCCAUCUGCUUCCCGCUGCGGUACGGGGCGGUGCUGACCCCGUCAGCCGUGGCCAAAACGGGGCUGGCAGCUCUGCUGAGGAGUUUCUGCAUCAUCUUGCCCUGCAUUUUCCUGCUGCGGCGGCUGCCGUUCUGCGGGCACAACGUCAUCCCGCACACCUACUGCGAGCACAUGGGCAUCGCUCGCCUGGCCUGCGCCGACAUCUCGGCCAACGUCUGGUACGGGCUCGUGGUGCCUUUCACCGUGGGCGUGCUGGAUCUGAUCCUCAUCGCCGUCUCCUACGGCUUCAUCCUCCUGGCGCUGUCCAGGCUCCCGUCCAGGGCUGCCCGCCACAAGGCUCUGCACACCUGCGGCUCCCACCUCUGCGUGCUGCUCCUGUUCUACGUCCCCGCUGCCUUCGCUGCUCUGACGCAGCGCUUCGGCCACAGCGUCCCCCCCCAGCUCCACAUCCUGCUGGCCAACCUGUACGUGCUGUUCCCUCCGCUGCUGAACCCCAUUGUGUACGGGGUGAGAACGCAGCAGAUCAGGGACAAGGUUGUGAAGGUGCUCAGCCUGCCCAGACCGCGAGAGUGAAGGUGAUGGGUGCCCAAAGGCGACUCCAAGCUCCCCGCCCCAAGUGCUCUUUUGGCUCUUCCAGGCAACGGCCCAGGGCUGCUGCCCCUGUCAAAUACAGAACACCCGACAUCCUCACAGCCCCAGCUUUGUGCAAAGCGCGAGAUAAAGGCAGAAAUUCUGACUGGCGGUGGAAGGAGAGGGAUCCGAGAAAUGAGAACCUACCCCAGGUGCGUCACCUUUGGGCAAUCCCAGAGCCCCGGGCUCAUGGAGCAGCUGGGGUGGCAAGGGACCUCCAGAGAUCAGCUCAUCUGACCCUCCUGCUCAAGCAGGUUCCUCCAGACAGGCUGCACAGGAUCACAGCCAGGUGGGUUUUGACCACCUCCAGAG